CCCGGAAGCAUUUAGUUCCCACAGGUUGGCGGGGUGAGGUCCAGAGUAGAUAGGGUGUUGCCGCUCAGCAGGACGACACGUUUAAACAGAUCUCCAACAUGUCUGAAGUGAACAGCCAGCUGGCUGCAGACCCCAUCUCUGCAGUUGGAGUCGUCACUUCACUCAACAAGGCCCCUGAUGAUUACUAUGUUGUUGCACAAACAACAGAUGGCUCUGACGCCGACCUGUGGAAGGACGGCUUAUUCAAAUCCAAGGUCACUCGCUACCUCUCUUUCACCAGAAAAACUGGGCCUGACGUUGUUGUGGACAUGAAGCUGACUGACACUAAAGAGGCGUUGCCAGAGGGCUUCACACCUGUGCAAGAAACAAUGGAUACAAAGGAAACUGCCACGAGGAAGAGGAGGCUCUGUGUGAAAAUCAGCCCUCGUGCGGCUGCUGAGACGGCUGUAUAUGACAUCCAGAUCACUGCAAAAUCCAAGUACCAUCUUGUUAACUACACUUGCAUAGGUGAGAUUAAUAAUAUGGGAUUGUGGUAUCGAAUUGGAGAGGUUCCUCAGCAACAGUCGUCCCACAAAAGGUCAAUCACAGCUAACACUGAUGCCCCAACCAACACAGCAAGGAAGACCACUAGCAGGCCGGAUUAUGAGUACCAGAGCAUUGGGAGCUACACCAUGACAGCUCUGGAUGAUGUGCCUUUUGUGAUCUCUGAGAAGUUUUAUGACAAUCCCAAAAAGAUGCAGCAAGUCAAUUUAAUGGGCAUUACGAUCAAAUCCCUGGCAGAGAUCGAGGAGGAAUUUCAGUACAACUUCAGCACAGAGCAAAGCAUUGCUUUGUAGCUUUCCUCACAGCCCUCUCAAGUUGACAGAGCCAGAAGGACUGGAAAAGUACCGAUGGACAGAAGGAAUCAUUUAUAAAAUAAUGAAUUAUUGAAAUUAAGAAAGAUUUGAGAGAUACCGCAAAUGUAUAUUAUGUAAUUUCAGACAUAAAAGGUGUUUUCAUUUUGAUGGAUUCUAUUUAAAUGAUUCAGUUAUUGAAAUAUUUUUUGAUAAUA